UGGACAGUGUUUGUGACGUCAGGGCGAGCAGGGCCUAUAAACUCCGCAAACUGCCUUCAACCCCCGCAUGUCCUUUCCUCUGAGUAGUGGGGACUGGUGGCUCCGACAUGGCUCAACCAUCCUCUGACAAAUCUGAGGAAGACCCUGGCACCAACGAAGCUGGAACCUCCAAAAUAGAGCCCUCUGAAACAGAAACCUCAGAAUCGGAGCCCUCCGAACCGGAGCCCUAUGAUGCUAAGCCAAAGAAGGUGAAACGGAAGACAGCUAAGGGCCGCCGCUGCCAUCAGGACAACUUUGCAAGCUUCGCCACCUAUUUCCCCAGGGUGCUGAGGCAAGUGCACACCGGCCUGAGUCUCUCUCACGAGGCCAUGAACGUCCUGGAUUCGUUUGUGAAGGAUAUGUUUGAGCAGAUCGCCAAAGAGGCCGGGAGCCUGGCCCACUCCAACAAGCACUGCACCAUCACGAGUGGAGACAUCCAGAGAGCUGUGCGUCUUCUCUUGCCUGGGGAGAUCGGCAAGUACGCAGUGUCCGAGGCCACCAAGUCGGUCAUCAGAUACAACACCCACAGAUGAACUGCCUCAUGACCACUGCAACAUCGCAAACCAAAGACUCUUAUCAGAACCACUCGAAGGGAAAAGACCUGUAGUGAUAAAGAGCCACGUCCAUCCACUCUGGGUUCUUUACGUAAGCCCUACUUUCCAUCUUUAAAACAUUUCCAUCCCAAGGAAAACAUUAAAAACCUCAUCAAGUUUGCUUCAA